GGCGAGGGGGUGCACAGAAGGCGGGGUGACUCUCCCGUAGCGGUCUGUGCAGGGGGUGCAGUGUCCACCUCAGUCACUGGGGCGGCCAGGGGAACGGGGGGAGUGAAUGAAGUAAUGGAGGCGACGAAUCAGGAAGUGAUCACCUUGGAGAGUAACCUGCCUCGAAUCCGGUGCUGUCGCUUCGGGGUGGGCUCGGCGAGCAGCGGCGGUAGCUGCCGGGCGGAGCGCUGGCAGUGGGUGCGGGAGAACGGCGCCGCGGUUAAGUUGGGGACUCGGGGGCGGGCGAGUUGUGCGCUUCACCCCAGUUGCUGAGGAACCAGGAAGUGAGUGCGGCUGUUGUUUCUCGGCUGCGCCUGCCACGCUGUCUGGCCGGAGAGGCCGCUGCUGCCCGUGCUCGGGGGUGGCGGGCUUCUCCCGGGCACGCUCGCCACCCCCGCCCCGUGCUCCUUUCACACUUCGUCCACAAUUUCAGGACUUCCGCAUGGACGAGGCAGCCCCGGGCGAUGUCCAAUGGACCGAUACCCGCCAAAAAAAAAAAAAAAAAAAAAACAUGCCCUGACCCUCCCUCCUCUUCCACCCCCACCGUGUGCAGCCUCUGGAGUAACGGUUCUGGAAAGGGUCACUUAACGUGGAGUGACCAGGACGAUGUUUAUGUCAGGGGCCCGCCUCCCCAUCCUCAUUUUGGGGGUGGCUGUGAACAAACUAGGUGUAUGCCCCUUCCCUCGUGGGCUGGCUUUUUAGGGGGGAGAAUGGGAAAGACACGGACUCCCUGACCUGGAGCGUUGGGGCGUCAGAGAAGAACGUUUAUUUUUGUAAACAGUGGGUGUACGUGAGGGAGUGCGACGGGAGGGAGGGAGUCUUGGCCCCAGGGAAGUCUCAACACGGAAUUGCCCCCUUUCCCCCUCCCCCCAAACCUCCCACCACAGCGGAAGCGCCUGGGAGAGGACAGAACCAAUGGGAUUGACAGGCCUGUGGUUCCAAUCUGCUCUCUGAGGUGUUACAAAUAAGAACGUUGAUUUCUGGGGGCGGGACUAAGGGCCCGCGCUAGGCCAAUGAAGAUUGGGCGGGAGUGAAGCUGACAAUGUACGCAUGGAAUUGGAGGGAAGAGGAGUGUAAACACGGAAGUGGCUACAGGGGUGGGGGAUGUGCAGCGCCACUGCUGCAGCGGAAGGGCACGGACUUAAGUUACAUGGAAAAAGAAGCUUUACUUAAUAGCAGACAGUGCAGGGAGGGCCUUGGAUCGAUGUAGCACUGCUUGAGUACUGUUUAUUGAAUGCAAUAAUAAGCAUACGUGUUCCUUUUCCCGAGUUCUAUUUCAUAUCGCCAUCGAUGAGAAUUGGAAAAUGAGACAUAUUCACUGAACAGUAAUGUUGUAGAAGGUCUUAACACUGUUUUCCAUCCGUUGUUUUUAGGUAGGGGACUUGAAAUUAGUAGGCGAAACCCUGUGAUUUCAGUUCAUUUGGGGGAAAUCAUGAACACGUGUGUACCUCUAAAUUUAACGGAAGAACUUCCAAGUUCGAAUAAAGUCUGGAUUAAUAUAACUUGGAAGCAUCAGUUCAUAGCAGUAAUGCACACUGCACAGAUAAGACAAUUGAAGCUGCUGAAGCCCUGCUUCAUAUGGAAUCUCCUACCUGCUUGAGGGAUUCAAGAAGUCCUGUGGAAGUGUUUGUCCCUCCUUGUGUAUCAACUCCAGAAUUUAUCCAUGCUGCUAUGAGACCAGAUGUCAUUACAGAAACUGUAGUGGAGGUGUCAACUGAAGAGUCUGAACCGAUGGAUACCUCUCCUAUUCCUACAUCACCAGAUAGCCAUGAACCAAUGAAAAAGAAAAAAGUUGGCCGAAAACCAAAGACCCAGCAAUCACCAAUUUCCAAUGGGUCUCCUGAGUUAGGUAUAAAGAAGAAACCCAGAGAAGGAAAAGGAAACACAACCUAUUUGUGGGAGUUUCUUUUAGAUCUACUUCAAGAUAAAAAUACUUGUCCCCGAUAUAUUAAGUGGACUCAAAGAGAAAAAGGCAUUUUCAAGCUCGUGGAUUCAAAGGCUGUCUCUAAGCUUUGGGGAAAGCAUAAGAAUAAGCCAGACAUGAACUAUGAAACUAUGGGACGAGCUUUGAGAUACUACUACCAAAGGGGAAUUCUUGCAAAGGUUGAAGGACAGAGACUUGUAUAUCAGUUCAAGGAUAUGCCCAAAAACAUAGUUGUCAUAGAUGAUGACAAAAGUGAAGCCGGUAAUGAAGAUUUAGCAGCAGCUGCUGAUGAAAAAUCAUUAGAACGAGUGUCACUAACUGCAGAAAGUCUCCUAAAAGCAGCAACCUCUGUUCGUAGUGGAAAAAACUCAUCUCCUAUCAACUGCUCCAGAGCAGAGAAGAGUGUAGCUAGAGUUGUGAAUAUCACUUCCCCUGGUCAUGAUGCUUCAUCCAGGUCUCCUACUACCACCGCAUCUGCAUCAGCAACGGCAGCUCCAAGGACAGUUCGUGUGGCAAUGCAAGUACCUGUUGUAAUGACAUCAUUGGGUCAGAAAAUUUCAACUGUGGCAGUUCAGUCAGUUAAUGCAGGUGCACCAUUAAUAACCAGCACUAGUCCAACAACAGCGACCUCUCCAAAGGUAGUCAUUCAGACAAUCCCUACUGUGAUGCCAGCCUCUACUGAAAAUGGAGACAAAAUCACCAUGCAGCCUGCCAAAAUUAUUACCAUCCCAGCUACACAACUUACACAGUGUCAACUGCAGACAAAGUCAAAUCUGACUGGAUCAGGAAGCAUUAACAUUGUCGGAACCCCAUUGGCUGUGAGAGCACUAACCCCUGUUUCAAUAGCCCAUGGUACACCUGUAAUGAGACUAUCAGUACCGACUCAACAGGCAUCUGGCCAGACUCCUCCUCGAGUUAUCAGUGCAGUCAUAAAAGGGCCAGAGGUUAAAUCAGAAGCAGUAGCAAAAAAGCAAGAACAUGAUGUGAAAACUUUACAGCUGGUAGAAGAAAAACCAGCAGAUGGAAAUAAGACAGUGACCCAUGUAGUGGUUGUCAGUGCACCUUCAGCUAUUGCCCUUCCUGUAACUAUGAAAACAGAAGGACUAGUGACAUGUGAGAAAUAAAAUAGCAGCUCCACCGUGGACUUCAGACUGUUAGUGGUAGUACUGACAUAAAUAAUUGCAAGGGAAGUCAUCAAGUUGAGUCAAAGAAGACUUUAAAACAUUUUUAAUGAAUAUAAGAAAACAAUCAAACUUACUGGAAUAAAUUACCUAUCCCAUGUUUCAGUGGGAAAUGAACUACAUAUUGAGAUGCUGACAGAAAACUGCCUCUUACAGUAAGUAGGAAACAACUGAACCCAUCAAUAAGGAAAAGCAUUGAAAGGGACCAAGCAAUUCACUACGUUAUCACCAUUACACACUAACUUUCUGUAAGACUUGGAACACUAACAUUCUGUAAGAGGUUAUAUAGUUUUCAGCGGGGGAGGGGUUGGGAUGGGUGAUCUCGUUGUUACAUAUAGCAAUUUUUGAUGCAUUUUGUAUGCAUACCAGCAAUUACUGUGUUCCGCACAGUACUCACUUAACUGGUGCUAUGUGAAGACUCUGCUAACAUAGGUAUUUUAGAAUGUGAAUUGAAGAAUGGAUCCAAAAGCUUCAGAAAGAGGAUAGCAAAAAAGAUCUAGUGCGACUUUUUUUUUUAUAUAUAUAUAUAUAUAUCAUAUAGCUUAAGCAGAUUUAAAACAAAGGCCUUAGACUAAUUUUCGGUUUUCUUUCUUGAAAUAAGCUAAUGGCUUGUUUGUGUAAAGCUUUUUUAUUAAAAGAAAAAUUUUAAAAAUCUUGUACCUAGCACAGUAUUGUUAUAGAAUUUACAUGUAACAUUUUAUAUGGUAGUUUAAGUCUGUCAGUUUCUUAAUUGUGGACAUAUUAACAGUUGGCUCUGGCCUUUUGCUGUAACAUGCCUGUGUCACUCACUUAGCCCUGGCAUCUGUGCAGACAUAUCAGUUUCAGUUCUACUGUCACUUGGAAGUUCAGGCUCAGCAUGAAUUUUUGUCAGGUAGCUCUAAUACCUGGAGUUCUCUUUCUUUUUUUUUUUUUUUUAGUUGAAGUUUAAGAGGGAAAGUACCAGUGUUCAAAUUUGAACUAUAAUAGUUUGUAUAUUCAACAUUUGAAGUAUAUUCUAUUUUGUUGUACUCUUGUUUCAAAGUGUAUUCAAGUAGGUUUUCUGAAAUAUAGAAAUGAAAUUUA